GAAAAAGCUCACUCACACAAAGCACCUCCAAUUCUCUCUACCAUACAAAAAACCAAACCCACAAAGUCUCUCUCUCUUGCUCUCUCGGUGAUUCGAUUUUCAGAACCGAAACUCCGGCGAAAAGAUUAUGGCGGGACAGUCACGAAAAUGGAUGAUACUGGUGGCGACGAUAUGGAUUCAAGCUUUCACCGGGACGAAUUUCGAUUUCUCAGCUUACUCGUCAGAUUUGAAAUCGGUUCUAGGGAUUUCACAGGUGCAGCUAAACUACCUCGCCGUGGCUUCGGAUCUCGGAAAAGUAUUCGGAUGGUCGUCGGGACUAGCGCUUAUGUAUUUCCCGCUUUGGACGGUGCUUUUCGCGGCGGCGUUUAUGGGAUUCGUCGGUUAUGGAGUUCAGUGGCUUGUCAUCACUCAUUUCAUCUCUUUGCCUUAUAUCAUGGUGUUUCUCUGUUGCUUACUUGCUGGUUUAAGUAUCUGUUGGUUCAACACUGUCUGCUUUGUGCUCUGCAUUAGUAACUUCCCUGCAAACAGAUCACUUGCUCUUUCCCUCACAGUGAGUUUCAAUGGUGUAAGCGCUGCUUUAUAUACUCUUGCUUACAACGCAAUCAAUCCAACUUCUCCAGAGCUAUAUCUUCUUUUGAACGCUCUUAUACCGCUCAUUGUCUCUUUCACUGCUAUCAUCCCGAUUCUUCGUCAACCGCCUUUUGAGCCUCUUCCACCAGAUGGAGUUCGUCGUGACUCUCUCAUGUUUCUAUUGCUCAACAUACUCGCUGCUUUAAACGGUGUUUAUCUCCUUCUCUUUGGAUCAAACUCCUCUGAUUUAACCUCUGCUCGUCUACUCUUUGGUGGAGCAAUCCUCCUCUUGGUAUUCCCUUUAUGUAUUCCCGGUUUAGUCAUCGCCCGGAAUUGGUAUAACCGCACAAUCCACACUAGUUUCCGUCUAGAAGGUUCUGGUUUCAUUCUUGUUGAUCCUGAUGAGCUUGAGUUGCAUAAAGGGAUGCUUGCACAUGAAGCAAACCGUGAAGGUUACCAAUUGCUGAGUGACGAUGUGGUGCAAAACCCGGUUAAGUCCGUAGCUGUUGAGGAAGAGGAUAGUGAUGAGUCAUGUUGCAAGAAACUUAUCACAAGAGAUCAGCUUGAAGGUUUGGGGAUUGAACAUUCUUUGUCGCUGCUCUUAACCAGAUCAGAUUUUUGGUUAUACUAUAUCACGUACUUCUGCGGUGGAACCAUUGGACUUGUGUACAGCAACAACCUUGGACAGAUUGCUCAAUCUUUAGGACAAAGCUCAAAUACCACAACUCUUGUCACACUUUAUUCUGCUUUCUCAUUCUUUGGAAGAUUGCUUUCUGCAACACCAGAUUAUAUCCGAGCGUAAGUGCAUCUAUCUUUGAUUAGUCUUAUACUCUGGCUGAUUGCGGGAUUUUGAAUGAUUCCAUUUCUGCAGGAAGGUUUAUUUUGCCAGAACCGGGUGGUUAGCAAUCGCGCUAUUACCAACCCCCUUCGCACUUUUCUUGCUUGCAUCAUCAGGAACUGCAUCAGCAUUACAAGCUGGAACAGCGCUGAUGGGUUUAAGCUCCGGGUUUAUCUUUGCAGCAGCGGUUUCCAUCACAUCAGAGCUUUUUGGACCAAACAGUGUUGGAGUUAACCACAAUAUCUUAAUCACAAACAUACCGAUAGGAUCAUUGAUCUAUGGAUUCUUGGCUGCAUUGGUCUAUGACUCACAUGGUUUCACCGGGACCAAAUCAAUGACCUCGGAGUCGGUGGUGUGUAUGGGACGAGAUUGUUAUUACUUGACCUUUGUGUGGUGGGGUUGCUUGUCUCUUCUUGGGCUAGGUUCGAGUCUUGUGUUGUUUAUUAGAACUAGACGAGCUUAUCAACGGUUUGAACAAGCUCGUAUAAGUUCGAACAUCAACGACUCUUAGAAAUUUGCAUCAACCCCAACGGUUUGUGUGUAUAUGUAGGAUCUAAAUUAUAACAGACGGAUUAAUGGUAUUUUAGUGGAUUUUGGCUGAGGUUGAUUUUUUGGUUUGGAUUUUGGUUAUUCAACUAAAACACAAGACUCUGACACAAUCAUAUUUUGAAAAAGCACUUCUUC